AAAAUGGAUAGCCAGCUGGAUGUUCUCAGGAGGGAACUGGUCGAAGUUCGAGGUAUCCCACUCUUCUGGAGCAUUGCUGAACAGUGGUCUCAGGUGGAGUCAUUUGAGGCCCGGCCUGAUGACCUUCUGAUAGCCACCUACCCCAAAUCUGGAACGACCUGGGUCAGCGAAAUCGUGGAUUUGAUUUACAACAACGGGGAUGCGGAGAAGAGUAGGCGUGAUGUCAUAUACAUGCGUGUGCCGUUCAUGGAGUUAGCUGUUCCUGGGAGGACCAGUGGUGUUGAGAAGCUAAACAACAUGCCGUCUCCUCGCUUAGUGAAGACACACCUACCUGUGCAACUUCUCCCUUCUUCAUUUUGGAAAAACAACUGCAAGAUGAUCUAUGUGGCCCGGAAUGCUAAGGAUGUGGUUGUUUCUUACUAUUAUUUCUACCAGAUGGCAAAACUGCACCCAGAGCCUGGAACUUGGGAGGAAUUCCUUGAUAAAUUCAUGACUGGGAAGGUGAGUUUUGGAUCCUGGUAUGAUCAUGUGAAGGAUUGGUGGGAGAAAAGAAAGGAUUAUCGCAUCCUUUACCUGUUUUAUGAAGACAUGAAAGAGGAUCCUAAGCGUGAAAUUAAAAAGUUGUUAAAGUUUCUAGAGAAAGAUUUGCCUGAUGAAGUUGUGAAUAAAAUCCUACAUCACAGCUCUUUCAAAGUGAUGAAGCAGAAUCCUAAAACAAACUAUACUACGGUGACCCAGGAGGAGAUGGACCACUCCGUGUCUCCCUUCAUGAGAAAGGGAAUUUCAGGAGAUUGGAAGAACCAUUUCACGGUGGCCCAGUAUAAGACAUUUGAAGAACAUUAUGAAGAGAAAAUGAAAGACACUGCAUUGAAAUUUCGAUCAGAGAUCUAA